ACAUAGUUAAUUGAUCAAUGAUCAUUUAAAUACUAGAGCAACUUGUAGGACGACAUUCAGUCUACGGUUUGAAGUAAACAACCAAAAAAACUAGGGUUACAAACAUCAGGGUGCAGAAACAGGGAAACAUAAAAAGUUUCAUUAUGAGUUGUAACGGUAAAGAUUCCUGUCAUUCUUGUUGCUGUUGUUAUUCAUGUUGCUCUAUAAUCCAUGAAAAAAUUUUCGAAGAUUAUCUUAGAAAAAAAAUUGAGAAUGAACUAAGAAACGAAGUAUUAAAAGUCAACAACACAGUGUCAAUUGAAGGAGAACAUAGUGAAGCUUCAACUACAUCAGUUUCUAACACCACAGGCCAAUAUGAAUUAGAGAAAACAAAAAAAAAUCUAAACGCAGAUGAAGCAGCCAAACCUAAAAAAGAUGACAAAAUGAAUGUAGACAUUAGUCAGGAAGUCGAGAAGAAAAAAGAAAUAAGCACUACGACCACUGUCAGUAAUGAAGAGACAACCAAGUUAAAUAUUACCUCAAGUUCUGCCAUUAAUCCUGAAACGCCAACUAUUUCACCAGAAGUCGAACCCUCUGUAUCUCUUCAAGUAAAAGAUGAGAGAUUGUCAACCACUGCAGUAACAAACACCGUAAGUGAAUAUAAAAAAGAGAACACAAACAUAAAUGUGAACACCAGUGGAGUUGCCAAACCCAAAGAAGAUGACGACAAGGAAAUUUUUGCUUCUCCAGAAUUAUCUAACUGCACUGGAAACGAACCUGUGACAUACACAACAACAACCAACAAAGCGUCCGGUGAUACUAUCGAUGAAGACAAACUUUCUUUAUCCAUUCAGGAAGAACGAGAGGUAUCCUCAACGGUUGAACUUACAAACAGCCAAAGUAAAUAUGAACACAAGAAAACAGAUAUCAAUGUUAACGCAGCUGGAGUUGCUAAACCGAAGGAAGAUGAAAAAUUGAAUGUAAACUUUAGCCAGGAAGUAGAAAAGAGAGAAGAAAUUAGCACAACGACUACUGUCACUAAUGAAGAGACAACCAAGUUAAAUAUUACCUCAGGUUCUGCCAUUAAUCCUGAAACGCCAACUAUUUCACCAGAAGCCAAGAACAAAGAAGUCGAACCCUCUGUAUCUCUUCAAGUAAAAGAUGAGAGAUUGUCAACCACUGCAGUAACAAACACCGUAAGUGAAUAUAAACAGGAGAACACAAACAUUAAUGUGAACACCAGUGGAGUUGCCAAACCCAAAGAAGAUGACGACAAGGAAAUUUUUGCUUCUCCAGAAUUAUCUAACUGCACUGGAAACGAACCUGUGACAUACACAACAACAACCAACAAAGCGUCCGGUGAUACUAUCGAUGAAGACAAACUUUCUUUAUCCAUUCAGGAAGAACGAGAGGUAUCCUCAACGGUUGAACUUACAAACAGCCAAAGUAAAUAUGAACACAAGAAAACAGAUAUCAAUGUUAACGCAGCUGGAGUUGCUAAACCGAAGGAAGAUGAAAAAUUGAAUGUAAACUUUAGCCAGGAAGUAGAAAAGAGAGAAGAAAUUAGCACAACGACUACUGUCACUAAUGAAGAGACAACCAAGUUAAAUAUUACCUCAAGUUCUGCCAUUAAUCCUGAAACGCCAACUAUUUCACCAGAAGUCGAACCCUCUGUAUCUCUUCAAGUAAAAGAUGAGAGAUUGUCAACCACUGCAGUAACAAACACCGUAAGUGAAUAUAAAAAAGAGAACACAAACAUUAAUGUGAACACCAGUGGAGUUGCCAAACCCAAAGAAGAUGACGACAAGGAAAUUUUUGCUUCUCCAGAAUUAUCUAACUGCACUGGAAACGAACCUGUGACAUACACAACAACAACCAACAAAGCGUCCGGUGAUACUAUCGAUGAAGACAAACUUUCUUUAUCCACUCAGGAAAAACGAGAGGUAUCCUCAACGGUUGAACUUACAAACAGCCAAAGUAAAUAUGAACACAAGAAAACAGAUAUCAAUGUUAACGCAGCUGGAGUUGCUAAACCGAAGGAAGAUGAAAAAUUGAAUGUAAACUUUAGCCAGGAAGUAGAAAAGAGAGAAGAAAUUAGCACAACGACUACUGUCACUAAUGAAGAGACAACCAAGUUAAAUAUUACCUCAAGUUCUGCCAUUAAUCCUGAAACGCCAACUAUUUCACCAGAAGUCGAACCUUCUGUAUCUCUUCAAGUAAAAGAUGAGAGAUUGUCAACCACUGCAGUAACAAACACCGUAAGUGAAUAUAAAAAAGAGAACACAAACAUAAAUGUGAACACCAGUGGAGUUGCCAAACCCAAAGAAGAUGACGACAAGGAAAUUUUUGCUUCUCCAGAAUUAUCUAACUGCACUGGAAACGAACCUGUGACAUACACAACAACAACCAACAAAGCGUCCGGUGAUACUAUCGAUGAAGACAAACUUUCUUUAUCCAUUCAGGAAGAACGAGAGGUAUCCUCAACGGUUGAACUUACAAACAGCCAAAGUAAAUAUGAACACAAGAAAACAGAUAUCAAUGUUAACGCAGCUGGAGUUGCUAAACCGAAGGAAGAUGAAAAAUUGAAUGUAAACUUUAGCCAGGAAGUAGAAAAGAGAGAAGAAAUUAGCACAACGACUACUGUCACUAAUGAAGAGACAACCAAGUUAAAUAUUACCUCAAGUUCUGCCAUUAAUCCUGAAACGCCAACUAUUUCACCAGAAGUCGAACCCUCUGUAUCUCUUCAAGUAAAAGAUGAGAGAUUGUCAACCACUGCAGUAACAAACACCGUAAGUGAAUAUAAACAGGAGAACACAAACAUUAAUGUGAACACCAGUGGAGUUGCCAAACCCAAAGAAGAUGACGACAAGGAAAUUUUUGCUUCUCCAGAAUUAUCUAACUGCACUGGAAACGAACCUGUGACAUACACAACAACAACCAACAAAGCGUCCGGUGAUACUAUCGAUGAAGACAAACUUUCUUUAUCCAUUCAGGAAGAACGAGAGGUAUCCUCAACGGUUGAACUUGCAAACAGCCAAAGUAAAUAUGAACACAAGAAAACAGAUAUCAAUGUUAACGCAGCUGGAGUUGCUAAACCGAAGGAAGAUGAAAAAUUGAAUGUAAACUUUAGCCAGGAAGUAGAAAAGAGAGAAGAAAUUAGCACAACGACUACUGUCACUAAUGAAGAGACAACCAAGUUAAAUAUUACCUCAAGUUCUGCCAUUAAUCCUGAAACGCCAACUAUUUCACCAGAAGUCGAACCCUCUGUAUCUCUUCAAGUAAAAGAUGAGAGAUUGUCAACCACUGCAGUAACAAACACCGUAAGUGAAUAUAAAAAAGAGAACACAAACAUAAAUGUGAACACCAGUGGAGUUGCCAAACCCAAAGAAGAUGACGACAAGGAAAUUUUUGCUUCUCCAGAAUUAUCUAACUGCACUGGAAACGAACCUGUGACAUACACAACAACAACCAACAAAGCGUCCGGUGAUACUAUCGAUGAAGACAAACUUUCUUUAUCCAUUCAGGAAGAACGAGAGGUAUCCUCAACGGUUGAACUUACAAACAGCCAAAGUAAAUAUGAACACAAGAAAACAGAUAUCAAUGUUAACGCAGCUGGAGUUGCUAAACCGAAGGAAGAUGAAAAAUUGAAUGUAAACUUUAGCCAGGAAGUAGAAAAGAGAGAAGAAAUUAGCACAACGACUACUGUCACUAAUGAAGAGACAACCAAGUUAAAUAUUACCUCAAGUUCUGCCAUUAAUCCUGAAACGCCAACUAUUUCACCAGAAGCCAAGAACAAAGAAGUCGAACCCUCUGUAUCUCUUCAAGUAAAAGAUGAGAGAUUGUCAACCACUGCAGUAACAAACACCGUAAGUGAAUAUAAACAGGAGAACACAAACAUUAAUGUGAACACCAGUGGAGUUGCCAAACCCAAAGAAGAUGACGACAAGGAAAUUUUUGCUUCUCCAGAAUUAUCUAACUGCACUGGAAACGAACCUGUGACAUACACAACAACAACCAACAAAGCGUCCGGUGAUACUAUCGAUGAAGACAAACUUUCUUUAUCCACUCAGGAAAAACGAGAGGUAUCCUCAACGGUUGAACUUACAAACAGCCAAAGUAAAUAUGAACACAAGAAAACAGAUAUCAAUGUUAACGCAGCUGGAGUUGCUAAACCGAAGGAAGAUGAAAAAUUGAAUGUAAACUUUAGCCAGGAAGUAGAAAAGAGAGAAGAAAUUAGCACAACGACUACUGUCACUAAUGAAGAGACAACCAAGUUAAAUAUUACCUCAAGUUCUGCCAUUAAUCCUGAAACGCCAACUAUUUCACCAGAAGUCGAACCCUCUGUAUCUCUUCAAGUAAAAGAUGAGAGAUUGUCAACCACUGCAGUAACAAACACCGUAAGUGAAUAUAAAAAAGAGAACACAAACAUAAAUGUGAACACCAGUGGAGUUGCCAAACCCAAAGAAGAUGACGACAAGGAAAUUUUUGCUUCUCCAGAAUUAUCUAACUGCACUGGAAACGAACCUGUGACAUACACAACAACAACCAACAAAGCGUCCGGUGAUACUAUCGAUGAAGACAAACUUUCUUUAUCCAUUCAGGAAGAACGAGAGGUAUCCUCAACGGUUGAACUUACAAACAGCCAAAGUAAAUAUGAACACAAGAAAACAGAUAUCAAUGUUAACGCAGCUGGAGUUGCUAAACCGAAGGAAGAUGAAAAAGUGAAUGUAAACUUUAGCCAGGAAGUAGAUAAGAGAGAAGAAAUUAGCACAACGACUACUGUCACUAAUGAAGAGACAACCAAGUUAAAUAUUACCUCAGGUUCUGCUAUUAAUCCUGAAACGCCAACUAUUUCACCAGAAGCCAAGAACAAAGACGUCGAACCCUCUGCAUCUCUUCAAGCAAAAGAUGAGAAGAUAUCAAGUACUACAGUUACAAACAACAAAAGUACUUAUGAACGUGAGAACACAAAUAUUAAUAUAAAUUCCAGCGGAGUUUCCAAACCGAAGGAAGAUGAAAAGAGUAAUGUGGACUUUAGUAAGGAAGUAAUGAAGAAGGAAGUCACUACAGCAACGACAUCUGUCAGUGAUGUAGAGAUAUCCAAGUUAAAUAUUACAUCAGAAUCCCCCAGUACUCCUGCUACUCCACGUGAAGUACCAGAACCAAAGAAGAAAGAAGAAGAACCAACUGUAACACUUGAUACAGUUAAUGAGAAGAUAUCAAGUACUACAGUUACAAACAACAAAAGUACUUAUGAACGUGAGAACACAAAUAUUAACGCAAGUUCCAGUGGAGUUGCGAAACCAAAGGAAGAUGAAAAGAUUAAUGUAGAUUUUAGUAAGGAAAUAGAGAAGAGAGUAGAUAGUAGAACAACGGCUAUUGUCUCUAAUGUGGAUAAAUCCAGCUUAACUAUAAGCGCCAAUGAAGUUGUUAAACCGAACAAAGAUGACAAAAUGAAUGUCGAAAUUAUUAAGGAAAUUGAGAAAAGAGAAGAAAUUAACUCUACAACAGCUGUCACUAAUGCGGAGGAAAUUAAGUUGAAGAAAAGCUUAGAAACUGUGAGGAUUCCGAAAACCCCUUGUAAGAUGUUUUCGAAUUGCAAGAGUGGUGUAGAGAAUAAUUUCCAAAUCAAGGACAAUGUUUCAGUCAAACAUACAGGUGGCGUUACUAAGAAUACUGACGAUAGUAUUUUAGUAAAUGAAGCAGUUGAUAAGGAGGUUAGAAUGCCUGACCAAGCAGGCCUUCUUUCUAAAGUAUUAGGUUUCUUUGCUCAGCCGGGAAAUGAUGAUAAAAAAGAUGUAAAAGAAACAAAAUCAGAUAAAGUUGCUAAGUCUAUUAUGGCAAUAGAGGCAGUUAUGAAGAAGACCAUCAAGCAAAUAACCAUCGAAUUUAUUGACGACUGUAAACGUGGUACUAUCCAAGAAAAAAUUUCAAAUGCUGGAAUUGUGUUGUCUGCUGUUUCAGGUGAUAAGAAAAAUGAGAAUAAUUCAGACGUUAAUAAAGAAUCCUCCACAAAUGCAAAGGAGCAGCCAACUAGCGAUAAACUUUGUAAUACUGAGCCAAUGAAAAAGCAAAAUAAGAUUGCAGAGAAGCAUGUUUCCAAGAAAAAUAAAGGUACUAAGGGUAGAAAAUACCACUAAACAAUAGAAUGAAACAUUUUAGUUUAGAGGAAGCUGUUUCAAAUUACUCAACAUACGUCUGCAAAAAGUUUAUUAAAUUCAAUACAAUAUUACAUGCUUACAAUGAAUUAUAUAAUGGAAUAAAAAAUUAUAAUUAGUUUUAAAAGUUUUAGAAUAAAGAAAUAAAUAUACUAUUA